CUGAGGGCUUGAUUGUGCUGAAUAUUGGUAGCUAUAUGGGUGGAGUUGAUCUGUGGCAAAAUGAUUUCGAGCAUGAUGAUGACUUCAACGACCAGUCAAUGCAUGACAAAGUACUUGAAGUUGUUAGUGUUUCUGGAGCAUGGCACCUUGGCAAGCUACAGGUAGGACUUUCUCAAGCGAGGAGGCUAGCCCAAGGGGGAACUGUAAAGAUACAUGCUUCUAGUCCUUUCCCCGUUCAAAUUGAUGGGGAGCCUUUCAUACAGCAACCGGGUUGUCUAGAAAUAACACAUCAUGAACAGAUGUUCAUGCUGAAGAAGGCAUCAGGUUCCAACGGGCCUAGAGGUCACGCGGCUGCAAUUAUGACAGAGGUUUUGGUGGAUGCUGAAUGUAAAGGUCUCAUAACUGCUGCUCAAAAGAAGGUACUUCUUCAGCAGAUUGCUCUCCAGCUUUCUUGAUUUCCACCCUUGGUGAAUAUUUUCACUUUCAUAGACUGACCUCAAUCAGCUCAUACAAACACAACCUUUUUCCAUUCACAUUCUUUUUGUUUUUUCCUUUUUUUCUAACCAGUAGUUUGUGCUUGAGGGAAAAUUUUGUACACUAAAGAGAAUGAAAAGAUUUUAUACACUAAAGAGAAUGAAAAGAUACUAUAGGAGAUGUGAGUUCCAAAUGUAAAGAUUGAGUAUACGAUUGUUGUUUUCUACCAAUAGGCAAUCUCGUUAACUAUUGACAACAUAAAGGGUUCAUUGUGGUUUGACAUUUUGAUAAAGGUAUUAUUUUUUUUCCUUA